AUGACGAUUUCUUCUCUUCCUCCGGAAAAUUUAAGAGAUAUUUUUGAGUAUGUUAUUCAGAAGACCGAUAAAGGGACAAACCUUGCAUUUUUGCUAUACAACUGUUUACUGGUAAAUCGUACUUGGUGUCGAAAUGUUGUUUCGGUUUUGUGGGGUAGGCCGUUUCAUCUUCUUAACCGUGCUUCCCCAGAAUUAAUUUCCGUUUACGUUUCCGGCUUCUCUGAAGAUGCAAAGGGGGAAAUCAAACGAUAUGGGAUAGACUUUUCAGACUUAUUAUCAGGACCUUUAACAUUCGACUACACGUCGAUGUUGAGGGAGUUGGAUCACGAACUCGUUUAUGCAUCUGUGUCGCAAUGGGUUAGCAGAAAUGAACUGGGUCACGUCGAAAGGGAGAGAAAUGUUGAUGGGGAAGAUAACGAAAGUGACGAAGAAUACUUUAGUAUACAAAGUAAUAUUGAAUUCGAGAAGAACCGUCGUGUCCUCUCUAUUACACAAGGAAUAUGCAAGCAAUUCUUUUCGAGUUGUGGACCUUUGAAAAGUUUAAACCUGUCCAGAAGGAUGUUUCCCACUAUUCCUAAUGAUUAUCUUUUGAUAGUUGACUUACCAGGAGCGCGAGAAGCAUUUUCACAGCUCGAUGAAUUCACAAUAAAUACUCGUGACAUGAAUAGAGAUAUCCUUCCGAAAAUAUUAGAAUGUUGCGAUUCCAUAAGGACUCUAGACAUAUAUUCUCUACCUUUUAGUGAAAUCGCUACAGAGUCACGACGAUCGAGUUCACUGAGCAAUUUCAUCUCGAGGCAACGAGGAUUGAGAAGGAUUACAUUAUCUAUCGAAAUAUAUAACGAUAAUUCAAUAGAUUAUUCUUCGAGAUAUAAGCUGCUACCUGUUAUAUCGUCAUUGAAGAACCAUCUGAAUUCUUUGAAUUGGGUCAAAUUUCAAUUCAUUAAAAAUUUCAUGAACGUCGAAGACAUCAUAGAAUCGGUGUUGAAUGUUGAAACUCUCUUGUUUUGUGGUUGCACCCUCCCCAGUGGUCCUAGAAAGCCGUCAUCACCAAAGUUCAGCCGUUUACGUAGAUUAAGUCUUUGGAACACGACAGUUUCGCUUGACGCGAUUUCGACCAUUAUAGCGAGUUGUCAAGGGACCUUGAAAGAGAUUCAGUUGCGUGGAAGGUUCGAUAUAACGAAUUCAGAGGAAGAGAUUCGAUCGAGAUUGAUGUCGAUGCUCGGUUAUUGUUCAAAGCUCGAACGCCUUCAACUAUACACUGCUUGGAUGUGCCUCGGCUCUUCCUAUGAAAUUUUACAAGAACUAGGUGAAACGCUUCCAACUUCGUUUCUCCAUCUGGAAAUUGAUCUUAUAUGUGAUCCGGCUGGUUUACAGGCAUUUUUCGAAAAAUGUACACUAAAAAGUUUGACUCUGGGCAUUGGAACGGUCGAUACCAAAGGAAUGGGCAUGAAUGAUGAAAAUCUUGAGGUAAUCAGGGAAUACGUCACAAAAAAGGGUUCUUUGGAGAAAUUGGUACUGGUCGGAUCUGAUAUUACUGCCACCGACCAGGGGUUGGAGGCUACAAGAAAAUUGAUCAAAGUUGAUCGAGUGAUAUGUUGUGUUUUUGAAAUGUGGGAGUGA